CAAGCUUAGACUACUCAGAAGCUAGCUGUACCAAGCAGCUCAUAGCACACUUGAAGCUAUAGCUAGCUAAUAGAAAUGGCGCAGCAUGCCCUGUUCCUCUCCCUGACUGUCCUUGCCUUCGCGGCGGCAGUGCACGGCUGUACGCCAUCCUGUCCUACCCCACCAGUGGUUCCCACCCCGCCGGUCGUGCCGACGCCGUCCGGUGGUGGCGGUUCCUGCCCAAUCAACGCACUGAAGCUGGAGGUGUGCGCCAAUGUGCUGAACCUCCUGAAGCUCAACAUCCCUGUCUCGGGGAACGACCAGUGCUGCCCGCUGCUGCAGGGGCUCGUUGACCUUGACGCCGCAGUCUGUCUCUGCACUGCUAUCAAGGCCAACGUCCUCGGCAUCAACCUCAAUGUGCCCAUCGACCUGAGCCUCCUCCUGAACCACUGUGGCAAGAUCUGCCCUGCAGAUUUCACCUGCCCCAACUAACUAGCUACUGAAACGUUCCACACGCCAAUGCAUCAUCUUCUGGAUGUUCAUCGUCGAUCCACUACCUUGCCGUCGGUCUAUGUGUUGGUUUGCAUCAGCAUGCACCCAUAUAUGUGUUGAUCUCCUCUUCGGUUCGAGUGAUGGCUCAGGAGAUGUGAUUGGCAUGCAAAUUGUUGUUCUCGUUCAGUCGAAAAAUAUGUUAUGUUUGCCUGUAACUUCAUCAUAUAUGUGAAAUAAAAGUUUAUAUAAGUUGUGUUGACU